AUGGUGAGCGGCGGAUUCGUCCACUCAUCCCAGAAUGACCACACCCAACAAGGCCUCGACUGGCGAGCUUCAACAACACGCAGCAGUGGCAACCUAGGCGGAUACGGCUUUGCAUCGAAGAGCAACGGCAACGCCAACAACAAUGGCAGCGCUGGUGGUGCAGGUCUCGGCAAAAUGAAUAGCUUCUUUGGUGGGAAGAAAAGUCGGGAGUUGCCAGUGUAUAAGGACAAGCCGUACUUCCAGCCACGUCGGACAGGACCGAGCCGGACCGCGUCGCGCGUCGUAUAUAUGGUGGUUGCUUGUUUCAUGAUGGUGCUAUUGUAUGUAUUUUGGGGUGGUUCGGGAAGUCCAGCUGCCGUUGGUCCAGUUGGGGAAACUGGAGAAAAUUUGUGGAAAUGGGUUCAGACGUUUGACGCUGAAGAUGAGGGCGCUUCAUCUACAAAAGUUAACUGGGAAGAGAGGAGGGAAAAGGUGAAGGAUGUGUUUACUAUAAGUUGGGAUUCGUAUGAGAAAUAUGGCUGGGGAUACGACGAGUACAAACCUGUAUCUCAAAAGGGCAGGAAUAUGGUCCAAGGCGGCAUGGGGUGGAUUAUUGUGGAUGCUCUUGACACCAUGAUUCUCAUGAAUCUUACCUCGAGAGUGCAACAUGCUCGACAUUGGAUCCAUAACUCGUUACGGUACGAUCAGGAUCACGAUGUGAAUACAUUUGAGACGACGAUUCGCAUGCUUGGUGGCCUCUUAUCGGCACACUAUCUAUCUACAACUUACCCGAAUUUGGCACCCAUAACCGAUGACGACCCCGGAGCUCCUGGUGAAGACCUCUAUAUCGAGAAAGCUACAGAUUUGGCGGAUCGACUACUGGGCGCCUUUGAGUCUCCAUCAGGAGUACCUUAUGCCAGUAUCAACUUGAAUACGUCACGUGGAAUACCAUCCCACGCAGAUGGUGGCGCAUCUUCAACGGCAGAAGCGACAACCGUGCAGCUAGAAUUCAAGUAUCUAGCUAAAUUGACUGGCGAGUCAGAGUACUGGGAGGCAGUCGAGCAUGUCAUGGAGGUGGUCGAUAACAACCAAGCGGAGGAUGGACUCGUGCCAAUCUUCAUCUAUGCGGACAGUGGAAAGUUCCGUGGUAACAACAUUCGAUUGGGAAGCAGGGGCGACUCUUACUAUGAAUAUCUCAUCAAACAAUACCUGCAGACAUCAGAAGGAGAGCCCAUCUACAAGGAGAUGUGGGACGAAACACUUACCGGAAUCAGUAAACACUUGAUCACAUAUACCAAGAACGGAAAGAUGGUGGUUCUAGCCGAAAGACCAGACGGUCUUGACCGUUCACUGUCAGCUAAGAUGGAUCACCUCGUAUGCUUCAUGCCUGGUACGAUAGCCCUCGGAGCAACGCACGGCCAGUUACUAGCUAAGGCAAGGCAAUCAUCGAGUUGGAGCCGGCGACAAGAUGAGGAAAUACUUCUUGCGCGCGAAUUGAUGAAGACCUGUUGGGCUACCUAUCUUGCGACGGCAACUGGACUCGCACCUGAAAUCACAUAUUUCAAGACCGAUAGCUCGCCUCCGAUGCUGUCCGACGUAUACCCUAAUUCGGCUCUGCUCCGCCCACCCGAAAGCAGCAAAGACAGUUCCUAUACACCGAAGGAACUUGACCUCAUAUCCGCACCACUAGAGGACAAGAAUGUAUGGAAAUCCGACAUCCAAAUCCAUAGCCAAGACUCCCACAACCUCCAACGACCAGAGACGGUCGAAUCUCUUCUGUAUAUGUACCGCAUCACAGGCGACGAACAAUACCGCGAAUGGGGCUGGCAAAUGUUCAAAUCCUUCGUCAAGUACACUGCAGUCGUCGAAAAGGUUACUCCGAGCGAUCAUAAAGGUGACGAAAGCACCCAACUACAUGUCAUCGAUAAUGAUGGCGAAAGCCAUCCAUCCUACAGAAUUGUAGGAUUCACUUCCCUCUCUGACGCUAAUAUCGAUCCUCCCGUUAUGCGCGAUAACAUGGAAAGCUUCUGGAUGGCAGAGACAUUGAAGUAUUUCUACCUCUUGUUCUCGGAUCGUGAUUUCAUUCCGUUGGAAGAUGUGGUAUUUAAUACCGAGGCUCAUAUAUUCCCUCGAUUCAAGGUUGGAGGGGAUUUGAAGACUGGAUGGUCGAGGAAGCCUCGUAAAUAA